CCCCUUGGCAUGCCGCUACCCCGCACGAAACACAAGCAUCAACAUAGUGAUCACCUCACACACAAAGAUCGAAAUCGCCUGCACUGCAAGACGGUACACGGCAUCAUCGUGGAAAAAUGGCGGAUGCGGCUGUGAACCUAACCGGGCCGCCUGGCCAGCCAGAUAUUGCCUACACGCCAGAUUGGGAGAAGUACCAGGCACGAAUCGAGAGGCGCCGCGCUAGCGAGGACCUGGCGCAAGCUCUACCUGAUGGCUUCCCGAAAAGGCUCAGUUCGACACUGGCUUGGGAUGGCGCCACGGUCGCUGAGCAUUACAGCUAUGCCUAUCAUCUCACGGAAGCAGACUUGCGCGAAAUCGAUGGAGCUGUGGCACACUUCAAAUCUCUGGGCAAGCCUCUCGGCGAGUUGAGCCAGCAAACCUUCCCCCUGCAGGACCUGCAUGCAACUUUGCGGGGCGUGUCCAAGGACGUUCACGAUGGGCACGGCUUCAAGGUCGUGCGCGGUGUCCCAAUCCACAAAUAUUCCCGUGAGGAAAACAUCAUCAUCUACGCUGGCCUGGCAGCCCACGUCGCUUCCGUUCGUGGGCGACAGGACCACCAGUUCAACGGCAAACCCGCAGACGUGGUGUUGGCGCACAUCAAAGACCUGUCGCGCGACUUUGACGCACAGAGCAUCGGCUCACCUGCGUACACGGCGGAGAAACAAGUGUUCCACACCGACAGCGGAGAUAUCAUUGCUCUAUUCGCCUUGAGUGCUGCGGAAGAAGGCGGUGAGAGCUACCUGUCGAGCAGCUGGACCGUGUAUAAUGAGCUGGCGGCAACGCGACCCGACCUGAUCAGGACUCUGGCCGAGCCCUGGGAUGUUGACGAGUUCGGUAAGACCGGCCCUCCCGGUUUCACGAGGCGACCGCUGUUGUAUCACCAGCCUGCCACCGGCAGUGAGCCGGAGCGACUGCUGAUCCAAUACGCCCGCCGAGCCUUUGUCGGGUACUGGGGCCUGCCCAGAAGUGCAAAUAUCCCCGCGAUAACGGAGGCUCAGGCAGAAGCGCUUGAUGCGCUGCACUAUACCGCCGAGAAGCAUGCCGUGGCGCUCGAGUUCCAGCCGGGUGACAUCCAGUUCGCCAACAACCUCAGCAUCUUUCAUGCGCGGGGCUCUUUCCGAGACUCUGCCCAGAAACAGCGCCAUCUCGUUAGGUUGUGGCUUCGCGACGAUGAGCUUGCGUGGAAAAUACCAGAGGCCCUCAAAAGCAGAUGGGAUAGGGUCUAUGAAGGCGUGACGGCAGACAAGCAAGUUUUCCCGUUGGAGCCCUCUAUCCGGUCUGCAUCCGCAGGGAAGGCGACACAGCCAACUGUGCAGCAGCAGCCUACAGCCGUUGCGGCGUCUGCCUGAGUGAUACGUACGUAAAAGCUCACCAUCGCUUCUUGUGGCACCACGUGGGGUGGGGGUUUGCUUGGUGAGCAUGACAAGGUUGAAAGCUACCCAAAUGCCAAAGUCGCAAAUGCAUGUGAUGGCCCGCCGUACUCGGAGGGUCAACCUCAGGACGCAACCUGAAUUACUGCUACUAACAGACGAGAACCACGCCACUUUGGUGUUGUUGGCCAUGCAUUGCAGCGCGCUUGUGGUGAUAAUGCAGUACGUACUAUAGGCG